GCCCGAAUGUCCUACUUCUGCUACUAUAUCUUAUGUUCCCGUGGUCUUGCGGUCUCUCCACAGCUGCGCAUGAACAACAGUCGAAAGUGAAGAUCGGAAAUAGACCGUACCGUCUGAUCUGCCUACUCUGCCUAGUUACAUCCGCCCUCAUCGUGAUAGUGGUCGGACUCUCGAUCCAUGGUGAGUGGAACGGUCUCCGAGUGCAGUCAGACCGAAUGCACAGCGAUCUCCGUCACCAGUUCACUGAGAUGGAAACGAAGUACAGAUCUGUCAACGAAACCAAGGCUCAAAUCUGUGAAUUGUUGACCAGCAGAAGAGAGCAAACGUGUUCCAAGGACUGGAUGAAAAAUAAAGACCGGUGUUAUUACGUAUCCACGUUUGAAGCAUCUUUCCGCCAAGCGAUGGAAGAAUGUUCAAACCGUGACUCAAGGCUGCUGGAAAUCAAUUCAAGGGAUGAAGCGAGCUUUGCAUCCAACAAACUGUUGUACCGAAACAUUGCACUCUGGAUUGGAAAAUGCGAAAACGGGACUGUGGGCAUGACCCUCUUGUACAAUGUGUCCCCGUGGACGUCCAACUGCAGAGACUGCGAGGCGUACUUAGGGAGUUACCCUUGUGAUAGAGAUCGGCGUUUCAUCUGCGAGAAGUCGGCACCUUUGUUCCCGGAUAUUCCUGAAGAGAUCCAGGGUCUCUGCCAACAGCCAGAGGAGGCGACGUGAAUGAAGUGACUACUCCCAUUUUUCCCUUCUCUCUCUAUCACUCUCACUCCUAAAUCAUUUCUAAAUUUGCUCCCUACCCUCUCUGCCCCACCCUCCUACUCCAUUUCCUCUUAUCGCAAGCAGAUUCUCUACACCAGACACCGACAAACCCGUCCCGCCGUCUAUCCCUUUCUUUCUCGCCAUUCCCACCGUCCCGCUCUUCCAAGCUCUGUCUACCUUUCUCUCUGCCCCGUCACCUCCUCAAAUUUCCUCUAACUUACUUAACUUACUCAACCCACUCUUUCUCUGCAUCCUCCGCAGAUCUGUUACACCUCUCUCCCCUUCCCUCCCCAGGGACUCUGUACCUCCCCUCCCCGUUCUCCCGUUCUCUCUCUAAGCCCUCUGACUCCCUGAUCUCUCUCUCUCUCUCUCUCUCUCUCUCUCUCUCUCUCUCUCUCUCUCUCUCUCUCUCUCUCUCUCUCUCUCUCU